GGCUUCGGGCUCCGGCGGCGAAAGAGAACGGAAACUAUCACGGGAACGUAGGAAAGAAGUGGACAAAAAGGAUCCCUCGCUGGGGAAAUCAUCGGGAAGAGAGCGUGUUUUGCCUAAGAAAACACCGGAAAAAGAGUGUGCCUCACAUGAGAAAGAACCAUUAGGAGAACAUGCAUUGUCUGAGGAAGAACCGGAAAAAGAGCGUGUUUCGCCUAAGAAAACACCGGACAAAGAGACUGUCCCACAGGAGAAAGAACUGGAAAGAGUACAUGCAUCGCCUGAGAAAGAACCGGAAAAACAGAAUGUAUUAGCGGAGAAAGAGCAUGUCUCGACGGAGGAAGAACUGGAAAAAGAGCAUGUCAUGCCUGAGAAAAAACCGACCUCAUCUGAUUCAGCUUCGACCUUGGAUGCCAAGAAGUUGAAUCUUCUUCCGGCGGUGAAGUACUUACUCAAAGAGCUAGACCUCGAACAUGUAGACCUCGAUAAUCUUCCUCAGAUGGUGGAAGCAGAGAAUUAUUCAUAUCCUGAUGUUACCGAAACGUCGGAGAAGCCUCUUGAUUCUCCGGCGGAAGCCUCCGGCGAAAAGACUGAGCAGAGCACUGAGAAUGUGUCUGGCGGGAGCGGGAGGAGCGUGCCGACUUUGAAGGAAUCGCAUAGUGUUGGCGCGAGUCUAGAGAGAUAUGAUCAGAUUCGUGAGGACAAAGGAGUAAAGAAGACAGAUGAGCCUGAGAAGCCUCUGGUUUUUCGGUCGGAAGUGAACGAAGAGAAGGUCGUUUGUACAUUGAAGCAGCCGCUGAAUGUUGAGACGAAUAUAGGGAAUCUUGAUCAGAACACGUCGCCGGGAAGUAGAUUGAGUGGACAUCAGGUGACUGGCACAGAGGGCGCUUCCUUGGUGGAUGAAGCUUGGGAUAGACUCCACAAAUCUUUCGUCUACUUCAGAGGAAAGCCUGUGGGAACACUCGCGGCUAUAGACCCUAGUGCUGAGCCUUUGAACUACAAUCAGGUUUUUGUGAGGGAUUUUGUUCCCAGUGGCCUAGCCUGCCUAAUGAAAAACCCUCCAGAGCCUGAGAUUGUAAAGAACUUCUUAUUGCAGACCCUCCACCUUCAAGGUUGCCAGAAGAAGAUUGAUAACUAUACUCUUGGAGAAGGUGUGAUGCCUGCAAGCUUCAAAGUCCUGCAUGACCCUAAGACACAGAAGGAGACUUUGGUUGCUGAUUUUGGUGGAAGUGCAAUCGGAAGAGUUGCACCUGUUGAUUCAGUGUUCUGGUGGAUUAUACUGCUGAGAUCGUAUACUAAAUGCACCGGAGACAAUUCAUUCUCAGAACUGCCUCAGGUACAGGGAGGAAUGAAGUCCAUACUCAAACUCUGCUUGUGCGAUGGGUUCAACAAUUUUCCAACACUUCUGUGUGCGGAUGGAUGUUGCAUGGUCGACAGGAGUAUGGGUAUAAAUGGUUACCCAAUUGAGAUCCAGUCACUCUUCUAUUUUGCACUUAGGUGUGCAAGACAGAUGCUGAAACCAGAGCACGGUGGUAAGGAAUUUUUCAAGCGAAUUGACGCGCGGAUCACUGCUCUGAGUUUCCACGUCCAGACUUACUACUGGCUUGACAUCACACAACUAAAUAACAUCUAUCGUUAUAAAACAGAGGAAUAUUCCCAUACUGCUGUCAAUAAAUUCAACAUUAUACCUGACUCUAUACCAGAGUGGUUGUUUGAUUUCAUGCCCCUACGUGGAGGAUAUUUUAUGGGCAAUGUCAGUCCAGGUCGCAUGGAUUUCCGGUGGUUUUUAGCUGGAAAUUGCAUUGCCAUCUUGAGCUCUUUAGCCACAUCUGAACAAGCUACAGCUAUCAUGGAUCUGGUUGAGGAGCGGUGGGAACAAUUAAUUGGUGAGAUGCCUUUGAAGGUUGUGUACCCAGCAUUGGAGGGACACUAUUGGGAGCUCGUCACUGGAUGCGACCCCAAGAACACGCCAUGGAGUUACCAUAACGGUGGUUCUUGGCCAGUUCUGCUGUGGUUACUUACAGCUGCUUGUAUCAAGAUCGGCAGGCCCCAAAUUGCAAAGCGGGCAAUAGACCUGGUGGAGCAGCGUCUUUCCAAAGAUGGGUGGCCUGAGUACUACGAUGGUAAAACAGGGCGUUACGUCGGAAAACAAGCAAGGAAGUUUCAGACAUGGAGCAUAGCUGGCUACCUGGUUGCCAAGAUGAUGAUUGAGAACGAGUCCAAUCUCCUCGUAAUCUCCCAUGAAGAGGAAAAGAAGACCAAUAAGCUAAGGCACACUCGCUCUGCCUCCUGUUUUUUUUAGAUUCCCAUUGGUAUUACCCCUGACUUUCUUUUUUCAUGGCCUUGGAACAUUUUGCUCCAUUGUUAAAGAUUCAGCCACCACUACUUCUGGUAAUCUUUGCUAUUUUUCAUUUACAUAUGACUCAAAAAUAA